UAGAAAGUUUCCUUGAAUAAAUUAAUUGAGCAUAACAUAACCCACGCAACUAACUACUUUCCUUCUAAGAAGCUCUUGUUCUUCAAUAAUGUGUACCCUUCAAUUUCAACUUCAACCCAUCAUCAAUCAAUUUCCACAUAUUCUUUGAAACCCUUCCAAUUCAUCUCUCUCUCUAUGGCAAUGGCACUUAACGCUGCUAUCUAUAUCGUUAAGAUGACUUGGAUAGCUCUCAGUGGUUGGAUCACUUCUUGCUUAACUAUUGCUGAUGAAUUCGCUACUUCUCUUCGUUCUGGUGAUAUUGGUCCUUUUCAUGUUGGUUGAUUCUAUUUCCCUUUUCUGGAAUAGUGAAGACCAGAUGCUAAAUGCUGCUAUUCUCUGACAAAAAGAGGACCAGGCAUCUACAUUUGUUCCCUUGAAAACAAUGUCCUUUUGCUUUUGAGAAUGAAGUGAGAACUUAGGUAACAAUAGCUCAAUUCUGUGUGUAUAUUGAUUGGAACUACAUGAAUAAAUUAGUGAAACAACCAACAAAAUCAAAUAUGAGAACAAUUCUUCGGUUUUGGUUGCGAUCUUCGAUUUUGUGAUCUUGCUAUCCCCUUUUAAUUCUACAAAAUUAAUUGAGUAGUAUCCUUCAAUUUUGGUUGUGAUUUUAGGUUUUGCGAUCUUAUUAUCCUCUUUCGACCUGAAGCAAACUCGCAAUUCCGACAACCUUGCUAUCAGUGCAUAGUUCUUAAAAUCUAAUAUUUUGAAAUUAAAAUCAUAGGGUAUCCUUACCUAUGAUGCAUUCUUGAAAACCUUUUAUAUUUUGGCAUCUUACACUUUUACUUUCUUGGGAGAGGAUUAGUCCUAUUUUAAAAUUACCUUUCAAGAACACUUUCUGCAUACACUUUUCUUUUGAUGCAAGUGCUGUUAGCAUAAUUACAGGUCCCCUUUUUUCUUGUCACUCCUGAGUCUUUUAGUAGAUCAAUGAACAAAGUUAAUUGGAGGAAUGAAAUGAGAUGCAACAAUCAGUUUCUGUUCAAAUUAAGGGAAUAUAAUUGAUACAGCUUUUGUUGGAUAUCAUAAUUUCAUGAAGCAAACUUUAUGAAAGAGGCCAUCACAUAAUACAGAAAAAAAAAUACUAAUUGUGAAAUUGUUAAUAUUCUCAUAUCAUUGGUCAUUGUUAUCUGUCAUAUCUUCUAUUGCCACAUUAUCAUACCAAACCUCUACUAACCUGUAUUGUCUGUCUCAAGGCCAAGGGUCCCUAUUUUCCACUGUUAAUCUUAGCACAAUAUACUCUGUCUUUGAAAUAUCUCCAUGAAUCAACAUAUCAACAUAUCAACUAAAACUAUCGAUAACACCCUAUACUCGAUGAGCAAUAAGCAGCAUACAUGACUGCACUUUUGUUGAGUAUAUGGAAGCAUAGAAAUUUAAAGCUUUGGUAUGAUGUAUUAGAGAUGAGUUCUCCAGUUGUAGAUCGAGCAAUUAGGUUGAUUGAGGAUUGGAACAAUGCGCGCAGAGCAGCAAGGAUACUCGGGUUGACAACAACAGUGCUCCUAAAGUAAUUAAGUCUUUUGACGGAUCAAUAUAAGCUUUUAUUCGAUGGCAGAAAUCGGCGACAUUGAGAUAUAAGUGUAACAUUAAUACGUAAUUUCAUCUCAACGCAAUCGAGUGGGCAUUGAAAUUUGUAUUCGUGACGACGAAGGUCGGUCUGUACUUUUAAUGAUGUACCGACAUGUAUUUUGAAUGAAAUACUAUAUAGUGUCCUUUUGUAACAUUUUUUGGGGACUAGAGAUAUUGUUGUAAUUAAAAAGUAUGUCAUGAUAAUUUAAUUUUUAUUGAGAAGACGUUUGUAACAAAUAUCAUAAUUAUCAUAAUUUGAUUAAUAAAAAUUAAUGGAUUUUAAUUUA